UAUUUUCCUAUAUGCUCUAGGAACUAAUUAAGCCUAAGUGCAAAAGAACAACAAAUCACAUCUGAAGUUUGAAGAAUUCAAAGGAUGACCUUAAAAUAUGCCAACCAUGCCACGCAUCCACCCGACAGUCUCCUUUCCGUGACUGUGUUCAAUAAAGAUAUUAUUGACUGUGACACAUUAUUACUCACUGUGUCACCCACACCCAUUUGGCUUCCUUUGGAAAAAUGAUUUGCAGCACGGUCAGGUCACAAGACGAAAUCUGCCCAGGCCUCCUAUAAGCGGAGUAGCAACAGAGGAGCCCAUUGGCCGAGACAGCAGCGGCAGCUGAAAUAGCUAUGUAAACACUUUCCCUCUCUCUGUGUGCCCCGGUAAUUAUAGCCGGGAUGCUGGUGACGACAGUCGUCCCAAUGAGACUUCGAAUGCUGGAAUAAAUUUGACAUUAUGACAUUUGAUCCCGACUCCGAUUGGCGCGCGCUGGGCUGGUGGUAUAAAGCCCGGGGACCCCAGCUGGAACAGAAGAUGUUUACCCUUUAGCUCAAAGCUCGGGUCUUAACUCUGAGGAAGGGGACCCUUUAAAUCGAGUGUUGCUGUGCUUUACGUAACAGAGCGGGGCAUAAGAGAAGGGCAGCGACGCGGAGAGAGGGGACUUUACAGCUCCGCAACGUGGGGAGUGAAAGUGCUGGAGAGGAUAGGGAUCAGAGCGGAGGGAAUAUUUACUGCAAGACAGGGAGCAUUUCUGUGUAGAGUUAAGUUAUUUCAGGUCAUCAGUCCCAUCGGUUACCUAACUGCCACCCCAGCUGCGACCUCUGAACGGAAGAGAGCAAAGCAGAAGAAGGAGGGGCGGAAGCAGCUAUUCAACAGAGCCUCAGGGUCAUCGAACGGCCUGCGUCAUGGCAGCCAUCGAUCUGGAGCUGGGGCUGGAACGCGGCGGCCGGGUGUGGGGGCAGGAGAGGCCCGACACCGCCGACAACUUUGACUCCGAGAUGCAGGAGUGGGAGGAUCAGCUGCAGGACAUCCAGAGAAAAAUAGAAGAGCUGUACAACGAAGUUCAGGCCCGCAGAGGAGCCAGCGACAUCACUGGUGACGGCCAGAAAAACGGCGACCCAUCUGAUUGUGAGCUGAGGCAACACGGCGAUGUCCUGUUUGCGCCUGGUUCCCGCGGCGGGAAUCGCGUCAGAGGUCAUGACGGACACGGCUACGGUUGCUGCCGCUCCAACGGGGUCUCAGAGAUCGGAGACUUGCUGCAGGAUUAUCUGGAGAAGGGGAAUAAAACGAGCCGGAAGAACAACAGAGCUCGCCACGUGCAUUUCAGUGACACAGUUAAGGUGAACCAGGACAUCUCUGCAUUCCAGGAUGAGGCCAGAAGACGAUCUGGAAAUCACAGGGUUGGACCAGACCAAUAUUUGAGCACUUUUGAGGAAACUGAAAACAUAAAGAACCGAGUAUCUCACAUGAGGGGUUCCCCCCACAGAGAGGAAAACACUGGUGCGAAGCCCCCUGUUGGACAAAGAGAUGCUUCUGCUGCAUCAGCACGUUCUCAGUUCCCAGUCCUGACAGCCGAGUCUCCCUUGUUGGACAAAAAGUCCUUCACUCCAGGGAUCCUGGGAGACAGAAAAUGCAGCAGCCCCUCAGUUCUUAGGAAGUUUGGAGCCAUGCUUCAAGAGAACGAGGGCAAGACACUCACCGAAUCCGGGGUGGUGACCCAUCAGGGACCGUCCCCAGAGGCAAAGUGUCCCACUCCUUGCUGUCAGCGCAGAGCUCUGGGAGUCACCGGAGGAGCCAGCAAGGCGCCAAUGCGCGUGCCUAACCAGAAAUGCCAAGCAAAUUCUGAUGUGCUGACAGCAGAGACAGAGCCCAGCCAAGACCGGGGUUCAUUAUUAGACUCUGCUCGGCAUCACUUCAAGGAUCAGAGAGAAGGCUGCAGUAGUGCUAAAGGCUCGCAGUCUGCUCCCCAACAGGUCCUGGGGAGAUCUCAGGUACCAGGGAGCCCGAAGGUCCGGCCCCGGGCUAACAGCGGGGCAGAUAGGGAGGGAGGGAGAGCAAGAAAGCAGCAACUGGAGCCCAAAACAGACUAUAGGACAACGAGUCCUUCUCCUGGAGCUCACAGGAUUCCAAGGAGGCAGGAUGUACAUGACUCUGGCUAUUUGAGGGAUGAAGGACUUAUUGAACUGCUGGACAUGCUGGAGAUCCAGCAUGAGUACAGCUCCAGUCCCAGAACGACAUACGCGGCUUACAGACAAGAGCCACAGCAGGUUGGUUCUCCUUCACAUGUCUUCAGCUCUGCCAGCAACGGAUCUCUGAGUAACCGUGAGCCACCUGUUUCCCACCAGGUAAAUCCUGCAGAGAUGUCUCCAGCAAGACCCAAGAGGAGUUUUUCCCGUCCCGCACGCCCCGCCAACCAGCGACCUCCUUCCAGAUGGGCCAACCAUACGCCUGCUGCCAGAAUCAGUGCCCCGUCAGGCCCGAUCUACAGGCCCCCCAGCCCUCUUACUCGCACCUCUAGUCCUGGCCUCAAGCAUCGGCCUCCCAUUUCCUACUCCCUUCAGACAGAAACUAUCAUUAUGUGACAUUUUCCACCUAAUGACGUCUGUCCCCAUCACCUUGUACAACAACAUCUUUGUAAAUAAUAAGGGCCUCCUGUUUUAUGAGUGCUAAAGUGAAAUGGGAAACUGUCUCCUGAUGUGUUCUAAACAUAACGUCCAUAUUCACUGGUGACGCUGCAGCUUUAAACUUCUUCUGUGCCUAACUUCUAUCAACAUUUCACCAAUUUUGCUUUUGUUGUUCCCAGAUAUUUCACUUUUUUGUAUAAAAAUGCAAGUGUUUUUCUAUGUGAAGGAUUAGCAUGCAGCCCCAGUUCGAGGGCGCGCGCCUUCAGCUUUUCUGGUUGAUACGUCGAAUCAAAUGCCGUCUCAUUAUUGGAGGGUGAUCCAGUUGGGACAAAGAGGCCCAACUGGACUGCUGAAAAGUGUUGUUGGACUGUAUGAUGAAAAAUACUGAAGAUGUUCAAAUAAUAGCUGUGACAAUUGAUUUUAAUAUGCCUUUCAUGUAUUUUUCUUGGUAAUAAAUAUGACUGUGCUUAAAGUUAA